AUGACGGCAGAGAAUGUGUUGAAAUGGACAAGGGUUCCUCCAAAAUACCACAGACUCACUGCAGACUACGACAGUUGUACUCCGAAAUCGGUGCAACAAUAUAACACUUUGAAGCAUUCUGCCAAAUACAUCUUUUCAAAACUCUCCAUCUCGAACGACUCGAGUCCAAGGAAAGUAACGGACGAUGAAGUUGCUGACCUGGGAAGAUGUUGUGGUAUCGAUGCCAGCAGUCGGAGGGAGAUCAUUGUUGGACCCCACGGGGAAAUGUAUCUUGUCCACGAGGGGUUUAUCCAGGUCUUUGAUUGGUUCCCCGUUUCGAAGAGGAACAACAUUGACGAGAGAUGGUUAUACCUGAUUCACCAGUUUGAGUUCCCGCAGAUUUUCAAGGUCAGAAAGGCCUUCCCCCUCCACUAUGACAGACUCACCGAUACGUUGAGACUGUUGUUUAUUGUGGAAACAUCCAAGGGCUUGGAAUUAUGCUACCAGGAUUGUUCAGAGAAUGUCGAUUUGCCAAUUGACUUCCAACUAGACGCAGCUGCGCAGUACGUUGGUAUCGUGGUUGAUUCAAAGGAAUGUUUUGUUUUAUACAACAAGACAAGCUCGGUUCUGAGUAUUUUCAACUAUGAAUCUCUGAAAUUGAUGGGGGAAUUCAAAGUCCAAGUGGUUAAUGGGAACCCUGUGUUUGACCUUAAGGGCUCACAUUUGACCUACCAUAUACACUGUGAUGAUAACGAAGCUUUUGAUAAGGAAAAAUUUGUACCUGUUAAUUUGGCAAGCAAGGGCAGCCUUCUAAAUAAACUCAUUAGGACUUUUUCAAACACUGCAAUUGAUUCGAUGCUUAUGUUCUCCGAAGUCAGCCAACAUAAAAUUAACAACUUGAUUGAGAAAAGAAAGGAACUUGAGAAGCAAGACUCUAAUGUGCAAUUCACCAAGGAGUUGAAGAAUAAUUAUCGUGACAUUUUUGUCGAAAUGUACAAUACAAUUAGUAAAUCGUCCUCUUUUAUAAGAUCGGUGGAUCUGCAAACAGGUAAAGAAAUAUUCAAGUUGAACAUCCCCACUGGCUGCUCUAAGAUCUCAAUUUCACCUUAUGAUUUACAGCUGUUGACAGUCAGUAAGCGUGGUGACGAACUUUACCUUUGGGAUUAUACGACCUGUGGGGAUACAAUUAUAUUACAAGAUAAGUACACACGAGGGAAGACAUCUGCAAUAAUAGAUGCCAUACAAUGGGGGUCAGGAAGUGAUUCAAUUUUCUGUUUGAGCAGAUCAAGUGGUUCGUUACACUGUUUUGUUAAUGAAUCUUUGAGUAAUUACGAGGACUUUACAGUGAGGAAAAAUAUGAAACUAUCAAAUAAAAAGCGAUUUCUUAACCCGAAUAACAAAUCAUGGUGUAUUUCCAAUAUGAAGUUCAAGCAUAUUGCGGUUGUGAAUCUGACCUUCAUCAAACCGUUUGUAAUUGCUAUAGAUAAACACGAGAACCUUUUACUGAUUGAUUAUGAUAAGGGGAAUGUUGUAGCUUGCAUUGAUUUCACAAAAUACACGUGUCCGUCUAUGGUGUCAAACAAUAAACGCAUUGAAGCCACAGGAAGUAUCCGUUCUGAUUUGAUGAAUAAGGAAAUAGAGGUGGAAACAUGCAGACCGUUUUUGCCCUCCUACAAUAAUAAGAAGUACAAGUUUGUGGAGGUUGAACUCGUGCGUGGGACUGACGCCAAUGACACCCCCAACCUCACUGCGUCUAUGUUCAGCGACAUCGAUUCCCAUUUGAAUACGGUGAAGGUGUAUCAGAUUGGAGGUGCUACCAUACCAAGAGUGUCAACUGCAGACAUUCCUACUAAUGUGGUCAACAUUGAGGUUGAUGCUUCCAUUUCAGGUGACACAUAUUUGCUUCCAGGAAGCAGUGCUAUGGAAGACGGCUCGUAG